CCGUCCGGCGGACAAGUGGCCCACGCGCGUCACAGCCACCAGCUCCAGCUGCACCAAUCACGGCUGCCGACGCACACCGCGCGCCAGCCAGCCUAUCACCGGCUCGAGGAGCAGCCCACUCAGCUGGGCAGCCGAGCCACGGUGCACGUGGUCGCCUGGAUCGCCCUCUGCCAGGCCCUCAACGCCUCCAGCCUCCUCGUCCGGCAGGCCGCCGGUCACCAAGUCAGCGCUUGCGACGCCACACGUCAAACUGUACACAUUAUCGCGCAUACUUUGGGCCUUGCACUUGCACGCAUCCAAAAGAGGCUGACACCACAACAAAGGGUACACCAUCUUAAUCUUCAUGUAUCCGAUUAA